GAAGUCCUUUAAACCUGACUUGCCGAGCGUUUUUUGGCUACAGCGGUGACGUCAGUCCACUCAUCUACUGGAUGAAGGGGGAAAAGUUCAUUGAGGACCUGGAUGAAGAAAGAGUCCAGGAGAGCGACAUCAAGCUCAUCAAGGAGCAUCUUGGUGAACAAGAAGUGGCGAUUUCCUUGAUGAUUGACUUCUUAGAGGAGGAGGACUUGGGAAAUUAUUCCUGCUAUGUGGAAAAUCGUUUCGGUCGUCGCCAGGCCAACAUCCAGAUUUUCAGGAGGGCAGAGCUCAUGUACACAGUGGAGCUGGCAGGAGGGCUGGGAGCGAUCCUGCUGCUGCUCAUCUUCCUCAUCUCCCUGUACAAAUGCUACAAGAUUGAGCUGAUGCUUUUCUACAGGAGGAACUUUGGCAGCGAGGAUGUGGAUGGAGAGAACAAAGACUACGAUGCAUAUCUGUCUUACACCAAAGUGGACCCUGAUCAGUGGAGUCAGGAGACCAGAGAGGAGGAGCGCUUCGCCCUGGAGAUACUUCCUGACGUGCUGGAAAAACAUUACGGUUACAAACUUUUCAUUCCAGAUCGAGACCUCAUACCAACAGGAAGUCUCACCAAUGAGCAUUACCAGGAUGACACACGACUCUUUGGAGCCUACAUAGAGGACGUGGCACGUUGUGUAGACCAGAGCAAACGUCUCAUUAUAGUCAUGACACCCAACUAUGUAGUGCGACGAGGCUGGAGCAURUUUGAGCUGGAGACGAGGCUGCGCAACAUGCUGGUGACUGGCGAGAUUAAAGUCAUCCUGAUUGAGUGUGCUGAGCUGCGCGGCAUCAUGAACUACCAGGAGGUGGAGGCCCUCAAACACACCAUCAAAACCCUCACCGUCAUCAAGUGGCAGGGCCCCAAAAGCAACAAGCUCGACUCAAAAUUCUGGAAGCAGCUGCAGUAUGAGAUGCCCUUCAGGCGCACCGAGCCCAUGCUCACGCACGAGCCGGCGCUGGACGUCAGCGAGCAGGGUCCGUUCGGAGAGCUGCAGACCGUCUCUGCCAUCUCAAUGGCGGCAGCCACCUCCACCGCCAUGGCCACGGCCCACCCGGAGCUGCGCUCAUCCUUCCACAACACGUACCACACCACCUUGAGGCAGAAACACUACUACCGCAGCUACGAAUAUGACAUACCCCCGGGGGGCACCCUGCCACCUCUGUCGUCUCUGGGMAACCAGCAUACCUACUGCAACAUCCCACUAACGCUGCUGAACGGGCAGAGGCCUCCCAGAAAGAGCCGAGAACACAGCCUUGAGGAGCCUCACGCCAACAACGCCAUGCUCCCUCUGCUGCCGAGAGAAACCAGUAUCUCCAGCGUCAUUUGGUAGUGACGAGCUGACGUCGAGUUGAUGUUAGAAAAAUCCAACGGGGUCAGACAUGACUGGGUUCUGUCAAAUGAGUUUUGGAUCAAUCGAGCAAGGUACAGGAGGUUUGUGGAUGUGGGUUCCCUCGUCUUUCUAGUGAAUUCUUUUCUAGAGGACAUUUUCUACAUAAAGUUCAAAGGAACUUAAAUGGAAACACUGUUUUAUCAACGAACGAGAAACAGACUCACAAGAACUCCACAUUAAGGAGCAAACACUCUAUGGCAAUUGCACACAUGAACACACACAAAGAAAAAAUGUGCAUACAUUAAACAAAAGGAAAACAGGGUUUGUACAUAUAUUUGCAUUUUAUUAGUAGCAUCUGUGUUUUCCUGUUUUUGUUUUUGUUUUUUUGUUGUU